AUGCUACUUAGCAAAUGCAUCCUUAAGAAUUAUACUGCUAGAUACCCUAACCAUAUACAAGUAUACACGGAUGCUUCAAAACAAACACAUGGAGUAGGCUGUGCCUUUUAUAUACCAGCACUUAAUGUUGAAAAAAAAAUCAAACUUAAUCCCAUGACAUCAAUAUUUUCCGCUAAAACUAUAGCUAUUAUAAAAGCAUGCCAAUACGCUGACAACCAUGAUAUCAAAAAAAUAAACAUAAUGUCUGACUCUUUAUCAGUCCUAAAAAGUUUCUCUAGCCAACUAGAUGCAAAUUCUGUAAGCAGUAAUUCCUUUAGAGUAGAAUUAAAAAUACUAAUAUCUGAACUAACGAUCAGACAAUUCAAUAUAAUUUUUACUUGGGUUAAAGCGCACAUUGGUCUCCAAAAUAACGAGAAAGUAGAUGAGUUAGCGAAAGACGGUAGUCUAAACGGCGAAGAGAUUUCAAAUGAUAUUGGGCUACAAGACUGCAUUUCGAUAAGUAAAUAUAAUUUAAAGAAUAGCUGGAAAUUAAGAUGGAAACAAUAUUGCGUAAACCACCCGACAAGUUACACACUUUUACAUCCAGAGAUCCCAACGCAGUACUGGCACAAAAAUCAAGAUUUGUCGAGAUAUGAUAUAGUUACCAUAAACCGUUUAAAAUUUGGACAUGCCUGUUUCCCUUCUCACUUGUUCAAGAUUGAUCUGAUAGACUCUGAUUUAUGUGAAAUAUGUAAUAUACCAAGCGAUUUAAAUCACAUUUUUUUCGCAUGUAACAAGUUUAAUAUACAUAGAAAUAAACUAUACAUUUAG